AUGAUCGCGAUUUUCUGGCUCCUCCAGCACGUGAUAUUGCCGGUGGCCAUGUUUUGCGUCGGCGCGUACCUCGCGUAUUUGAACGCCAGGCUCUGGCUUGAGAAUUCGCUGGACGGGCUUUUCGGAUUGAGCGAGUAUUUCGAGGCCCGAACGAAUCCGGACACCCUGCUGGCGUUCGUGAGGACGGCUCGGCGACCCGCUGCGCAAGCUGACCGGAGGGUGCCCCGCCCAGAGCCAUCUCCGGCCACC